CAGUGCCACGACAACAGUGCCACAUCAGCAGCAGGGCCACGUCAGCAGCAGGGCCACGUCAGCAGUACCGCAUCAUCAACACCGUACAGCUAACUGCAGCUUAUGGUCCGACGCAGCAACCGCAUCGCAGCACGAGAAGGGUGGGAAGCCGCAGCAGAACAGCAGCUACCUCUGCCCCACCCCUCUGAAAUGGACACCCAGGGCAACCCCACGGUGGACAAUGCCGCAUCCGGCAGUCCACGUGAGGCGUGCAGCUCGAACCCCCCGGGCCCCACAGGCCCAGCAGGAGGGUUCCAGCUCGACGCUGCACCAGUCCGGCAGCAAGGAGAGACCAUGACGGCCUUCCUGGCCCGCCUGGGCAUUUAUAUGCAGCAAGUCCAAGAGGAGCAGCAACACGAAGCGGCAGCCGAAGUAGCACGCCUUAAUGCCAUUGCACGCGCAGAAGAGCAACGACGCUGGCAGCAAGCUGACGCAGCUGCCAACCACAACAAAGCUCGAAGAGAUGCCGCGUCUGUCCUCAUGCAGCAGGAAGCCGCUCAUACCGCCGCACUCCAAGCAUGGCAUGUUGAUCCGGCGGAAACGAUGGAACCAACUACAGAGGACCAGACUAAGUCAGCUCUCGCCAGCAUGAUGCACCAAGUCAUCCUCACUUGUAACUGGCAACAAGUGGAGCUCGCUCGGCAGGCACGUAUCAUUACUGAGUAUGAGGAGACUCUCAAGAGCCUCCACGCCUGCCUUGACAUCCUGGAGAAGGAUGACGUGCCACACAGGCACAUGACAUCGUCAAGCAUGGAUCCACCGAUCCGCGAGCUGGAAGAACGACUUGAACAGUUUCCGCACCCGACGACCAUCAGCCAGCAAAUAGCCGCCCUACAAGCGGAUCUGCGUCAACUGCAGCAGCAACCAACUGGGACCUGCAACAACGUGACGCCGAAACAAUUCAAGAUGGCGAAGUUCAGCAUCGACAGAUUUGACGACUACCACAAGGCGGACCCCAUCAUACCAGCUCCGUUGAUGGAAGACGGAGUAGCGGUUGUUGACCUUCGCGAGUACAUUGCGAAGAUUGACCGCGAGUACACCAUGCAACGGUUACGUACGGCCAAGUACAAGGCUAACCGAGCCAAGUGCGAAUUCGCACAGCAAGAGCUCGAGUACUGGGGCCACUUUGUGACGCCGCAAGGCAUCAGUCCGCUUGCGGACAAAAUCAAGGCCAUUCAGGAUUGGCCGGAACCGACCAACACCACGGAGGUUCGCUCUUUCAUGGGAUUGGAUGGGUACUACCAACGCUUCAUCGGAGGAUACGCACGAAUCGCCACACCUUUGUCCAGAUUGCAGUCUCCACAGGUGCCCUUCCAGUUCACCGACGAAGUCCGCAGUUCGUUCCACAAAUUGAAGACGGCGUUGCUCCUCGCCCCCGUCUUGAGUAUCUAUGAUCCCACCUUGCCUACGAGAGUGACUACGGACGCUUUCGGCUACGGCAUGGGUGCUGUUUUGGAACAACACGACGGAGUAGAUUGGCAUCCAGUUGAGUACUUCAGCCAAAAGGUGCCACCCAUCAACUCCUUUGAUGAUGCGCGGAAGAAGGAGUUGCUAGCGUUCGUCACGGUACUAAAGCGUUGGCGACACUUCCUCCUCGGGCGUCGUAGGUUCACUUGGGUGACGGAUAAUAACCCAUUGUCCUACUACAAGACGCAAGACACGGCGAGCAGCACGAUUGCUCGAUGGAUGUACUUCAUCGAUCAGUUCGACUUCACACCGAAACACAUUCUGGGCCUCUCCAACCGAGCCGCGGAUGCUCUCUCGCGAAGAUCAUAUCUUUGCACAGUGACUCACCACGCGUUCAGUUUCGACGAAGCCCUUCAUCAACAUUUUGUGCAAGCAUACAACUCCGAUCCGGAAUACGGCACGCUCUACGAGCAACUAUCCUCGGAUCACCCGCCGGCCAGCCAUUAUUGCAUCGUCGAUGGCUACCUGCUGCUUCACUCACGCGGCAAGGACUUACUAUGCUUCCCACAUGACCGUCGCCUACGGACUCGCCUCCUCGGAGAGUACCACGACUCGAGACUCGCUGGCCACCUCGGCAUCAACCGUACGAUCGCAAGACUUCGGCAACGAUUCCGGUGGCCSGACCUCRUUACCGACGUCACUCGGUAUUGCGACUCUUGUGAAGUUUGCCGACGAAGCAAACCCCUCAAUCGCAACCCCUACGGUGAGUUACGCCCAUUGCCUAUUCCACGGGAACCCGGCCUCUCCAUUGCCAUGGACGUCACUGACCCGUUCCCCCGGGACCGCUUCGGGCACGACGACAUUCUCACGGUUAUUGACCGUUUGAGCAAGUACGCACGAUUUCUUCCCUGCAACUACUACGCCACGGCUCCUGAACUUGUGCGCCUCUUACACACCGGGUGGAUUUGCGGCCACGACGUUCCGAAAGACAUCGUCAGCGACCGCGACACUCGCUUCAUGUCGGCAUUUUGGACCUCUCUCAUGAAAGAGUCCGGCACCGAGAUGAAACCAAGUUCGGCUCGGCAUCCGCAAACGGACGGGCAGACGGAGCGGGCACAUCAAACCGCUCAAGUAAUGCUUCGCACACUCAUCCGUACGGAUCAGAAGGAUUGGGUGGACCGCCUCCCCAACAUCGAAUUUACCUACAACACUUCGGUGCACCCGGCGAUCGGCGUGACUCCGUUCGAGUUACACCACGGUGGCCGGAAAGGCCGCAUCUUCGCUGAUCUUCCUUUUCCAAGGACUGUCGACAUUGACCCCGCCUGUUUGCCUGCCUCCGUUCGGAAGUAUAGGGACUUGUUGGCUAAGGCCCGCCCCAACAUGCAAAAGGCUCAAGUCCUCAUGCAACAGCAAGCUAACAGGCGUCGCGUGCCAUGCCCCAUCCGCACCGACGACCUUGUUUGGGUCUCCACGGAAGAGUUGGCACUCGAGCAGGAUGUAUCCCGCAAGCUACUUCCAAAGUGGUUUGGACUAUGGCCCGUCAUAUCAGCCGCGGGUGAUGAGCCCAAUGGCCCCUCAUUUGUGAUCGAAAUCCCGCCGCAUCUCACGGUGCACCCGGUUUUCCACGCCUCCAAGCUGGCCACAUAUACACCAGCCAAGAGCGAUGACUUCCCGGGACGACGAUCACAGGACCCUCCUUCCAUGGAUGGUCAUCAGGAAGUCGACCGCAUCAUCACGCAUCGCAAGCACGGCAACAAGCCUAUGCAGUACAAAGUCACAUUCAAGUGGUGCGACCCCGAUGACACGCGAUGGAUUUCCCGGGCAGCUUUGCGAGCCUCCGCUCCUGACAUCUAUGCUCAUUAUGAGAAGAAACGGCUAGCGACCUCCCUCCACCAGACAGCUUCGCCCUAGCAGAAAAAAAACAGCAAACACUUGAGAAACAUUGAAAGCAAAACAGAAGACACAAACCUGAAAGUUGUAUUUGUUGUUCGCCAGGUCAACAAAGAAAUCUUUUGGAU